UUGUAUUUAUAUAUUAUACCACAGGACCAGCAGCUGGCCAGUCUGCGCUCCACAAUCUGCGGGAGUAUUGAUCGAUGCAAGCCUGUGAUACGUCAGAUAUUGUUAUGUGUUAAGCAACCGGUAGAGGGGACGACCACCACUACAACCACCACCGAUGGGCGGCUUAUAAAAAAGCUCGCGAAGGGUGUCUCGCUAUCACUUUGCGAUCCGUAUACGGACUACUUACAGUUCACCGGCUUACCCGUUUUCCCGUCUCGUUUCUCUCGCCCAUCCAAAUAUUUUAAUAUUUUGCCGACCGUUUGUUCUAUUUGUCGAUUUUCUUCCCGAUUUUCCCUUGCAUAUUUUACAAAAGGCAACGCAAUAAUGAAGAUAUUUACUGUAGCAGUGAUUAUGACGAUCGUCGCAACUGUAACUGUUCCUAAUGUGGCAACCGACGCUAGACUCGACGUGGAUUAUAUGGAAGAGUUUCCAACUAUCCAUAGCAGAUGUCCACCAAAUGUAACUGCAGAUUUUGAUGUGAUCUUCAAUAGUGAGGAUUCGUCAACGGUUAAAGGUUGUGCCUCACUCGAAUUCAGAUCUCGUCAUGACUCUAACGAAAUGAAAGUAUUCAGCGUGAAGUUUGGCCGUUUGUAUGACGGUGUUUGUGUGUCAGGCGACUAUGCAGAUGUGGACCAGUUGGUGUUUUCCUGUAUAUCCCAAUCAGCCACACCGCCACUAGAAUUUGACAAUGGAAAAGUGUACAGACUUAACGGCCAUGUUCUGAAACCGGCGGGCAAACACCAGACUAGAUGUGUCUUGUACAAGAUGACGAACUCCGUGAUGAACAUGAUGGCAGUUAGCGGUACCACAUCGUGCGAAGGCUUGUCACGCAUGAUGUUUUAUUCAAAGGCCACGCCCCUCAAAGGAUCAAUGUUGUUGCGGUUGAACAAACUCAGAGACAAUCUACGACAUGAGCGCUCCACAUCAGAAGAUAAAAACUCAACACAACUGAACUUUUCAGGGUCUAGAUAUUACUGGAUAACAGGUUGA